AUGAUCAGCGCUGGAGAUGUGGAGAAACAGCCUCUGCUGGGCUCUCAUCCCCGUGUCAAGGUCAAGAGCACCGACUGGCAUUACAAUUUGCACAAAAGCCAGCGCAAAGAAUCCAGGAAUAUGCUCCAUUCCAAGAAUUUCGGCCUCUUGGCCGUGCUGUGCAUGAUUUUGUUGGUCAUCUGUUUACCCAGUGCAUCCACAACACCACUUGAAUUUUCUAUUCGAGAUACGGACUCCGAGGACGCAUCAAGUCAAGAGAUUGGCCCUGGUAAACGGGGCGCGGUUGCGACAGAGAAUUCUCUUUGUUCACGACAUGGUAUCGAAAUGUUCAAAAUGGGCGGUAAUGCCGCCGAUGCAUUGAUUGCUGCACAAUUUUGUAUCGGUGUAACCUCAAUGUACCACAGUGGUAUCGGUGGAGGUGGCUUUAUGCUUAUCCGAGCACCGAAUGGGUCUUAUGAGUUCAUUGACUUCCGCGAAACAGCGCCCGCUGCAGCCUUCCAGGAUAUGUACAAUAACAACACCGAUGCAUCGAUCUACGGGGGACUGGCAAGUGGUGUCCCUGGCGAGAUCCGUGGGUUGGAACAUCUUCACAAGAAGUAUGGCUCUCUCCCUUGGGCGACGUUGAUGCAACCGGCGAUUCGGAUGGCCCGUAAUGGGUUUGCGGUGUCUACGGAUCUUGUCAAAUACAUGAGCCUUGCCGUUGGCGAUGGAGAAGAUUUCUUAUCCAAGGAUCCAAAUUGGGCUUUGGAUUUUGCACCUAAUGGAACUAGAUUGGGCUUGGGAGAUACAAUUACACGGAAGCGCUAUGCAGAUACACUUGAAACUAUUGCCAAGCGGGGCCCGGACGCAUUUUACACGGGCCCAAUUGCAGAGACCAUGAUCAAUGCGAUCCAAGCAGCCAACGGUACUAUGACUGUGGAUGAUCUGAAGAAUUAUACCGUGGCGAUUCGCAACACGUCGCAGAUUGACUACCGCGGGUAUACAAUCACCAGCACAACAGCGCCGUCUAGUGGAAUUGUGGCUCUUAGCAUCCUUAAAAUCCUGAGCACCUACAAGGGUCUCUUUGGUUCAGAGAAGUCGGUUAACAUCAGUACGCACCGUAUGGACGAGGCCAUGCGUUUCGGUUAUGGAGAGAGGACUAAACUUGGUGACCCAUCUUUUGUGGACGGCAUGGACGAAUAUCAACAGAAUAUGUUGAAGCAGUCGACGAUCAAUAGCAUCCGCGGAAAGAUAUCCGAUACUACUACCCUGAACGUGUCUGCAUAUGACCCGUCAGGGCUCGAGAGUUUGGAGACUCCCGGAACCUCUCAUCUCGCGACGGCUGACCACACCGGCCUUGCUAUCUCCGUGAUUACCACGAUCAAUUUGUAUUUCGGAAGCCAUGUGCUGGUUCCAGAGACAGGAAUCAUUAUGAACAACGAAAUGAAUGAUUUCUCGAUUCCGGGAUCUUCCAACCAAUUUGGCUAUAUUCCUUCCGAGGCCAAUUAUGUUCGACCCGGCAAGCGUCCCUUGUCAUCAAUUACCCCUGCAAUUGUCGUUCGCCCAGAUGGCAAGCUAUUUUUAGUCGCUGGCUCUGCUGGAGGCAGUCGUAUUAUUACGGCCACUGUCCAAAACAUCAUUCAUUCUAUCGACCAAAAGCUGAGUGCAGCCGAGGCCCUUGCAAAGCCCCGCCUGCAUGACCAGCUUGUUCCUAAUCAGGUCACCUUUGAGUAUUCUUAUGAUAAUUCGACAGUCGCUUUCAUGAAGAGUCUUGGGCAUAAUGUGACAUGGGUUGCCCCUGGUCAAAGCACUGCACAGCUCAUUCACGUCCAGCCGAAUGGAACAUUUGACGCUGCAGGUGAGCCACGGCAGCUUGCUUCUGCUGGAUAUUCUAUCUAG